AAGGAUAACCGGACGCAGCGUUUCCAUCUUGUCUCAGACCGGCUUUCUUUCCUCGCUUCCUCUUAGUUUGCCUGUUGGUGUUUAUUGUGCUCUGGACAUUCACUCUGUUGAUGUCUCCAAUUCUGCAAUAUUGUAAACUGAGAUAAGGUCCUGGUUUAAUAUCAGGUUGGCGAUUUUCCAUCCAAACGAGCUGGACCAUGUCUGGAGAGACCACAAAUGAGGGGGGGCAGCCCCAGUCCACCCAGUCUCCAUCCCAGCCCCAGUCCACCCAGUCUCCCUCCCAGGCCCAGUCCACCCUGUCUCCCUCCCAGGCCCAGUCCACCCAGUCUCCUUCCCAGCCCCAGUCCACCCAGUCUCCUUCCCAAUUUAAGUCACAGUCCCAGACUGGUUCCAGUUCUUCCAGCGGGCCGACGUCCAGCAGCCAAUCGUCCAGUGGCUCGGGGACGCUGAGCAGCGUGGACACCAUCCCCGUCACCCUGCCGUCCGUCCCCGAGGAGCCUGAACCACAACCCUGGGGCCGCCUGCUGCCCAUGGCCCCAGGCUUCCGAGCCCACGACUGUAUAGAGGAUGAGUAUCUGUUUGGACGGGACUCGAGGUGUAAUUAUGUUCUGGAUGAUCCUGAUGAACCAGGAUCCAAACGAUUCAGAAUCUACAGCAAGAAACACUUCAGAAUCUACAGAGAGGGCAGUGAGGUGUUUGUGGAGGACUACAGUAACAACGGGACAUUUGUUGACGGGCAGCUGAUCGGGCAAAACAGGAAGCUUCCUCUGGUCAACAACGCAGUGCUCGCUCUGUCCGAACAACGCAACCGAGUCUUUGUCUUCAUUGAUCUGAUAUCAGAUGAUCAGUCGAGUUUACCUAAAGGGCUUCAGGACAAAUAUCUGCUGACUCGACGGAUUGGCACAGGAGUGUGCGGUGAAGUCAGACUGGCCUUCGAGAGAUCGACGUGCAAUAAAUUUGCAGUGAAAAUAAUAAACAAGAAGAAUUUUCAGUCUGAAGGGACGGCGAUGAGAAACGCACAAACAGAGAUUGAGAUUUUGCAAAGAAUCGACCACCCUUGUCUCAUAAAGACGGAGGACUUUUACCAGACAGACGACAGUUACUACAUCGUGUUGGAGCUGAUGGAGGGAGGUGAACUCUUCCACAGAGUGAAGUCUCAGCAGCAGCUUCAGGAGUCCGUCACCAAACUUUACUUCUACCAGAUGCUGCGAGCCGUCCAGUACCUCCACAGUAAUGGGAUCAUCCACAGAGAUCUGAAACCAGAGAACGUCCUGCUGUCUUCUCAUGAUGACGUCUGUCUCAUUAAGCUGACAGACUUUAAUCAGUCCAGGAUCUUGGAGGAAGCGGCGUUGAUGAGGACUCUGUGUGGGACUCCGUCGUAUCUCGCUCCUGAAGUCUUCACUCACGCCGCCACCACCGGCUACAGCCUCGCCGUGGACGCCUGGAGCCUCGGAGUCCUGCUCUUCGUCUGUCUGGGUGGUUAUCCUCCAUUUCACGAGAGUUUUGGUCGUCAGUCGAUCAGAGAUCAGAUCAUCCGUGGAGAAUUCACCAUGGUUCACUCCAAAUGGAAACAUGUCUCUGACCAAGCGAAGGAUGUGGUGAGGAAGCUGCUGGUCGUCGAUCCCUGUAAGAGGAUGACUGUCGAGGAGGCUCUGCAGCACACCUGGUUACAGGACCGUGUGAUGUUGGACACGGCUCACAGGCUCAUGUACCCCUCUGAGGCUGCUGCUGGCUCCGCCUCCUGUGCCACGGCGGCAGCGGCAUCAGCUUCAACGAGGAAACGAGGACGAGAUGAAGGAGACGACGAGGACCAUCCGGCCAAACGGAAACAAACCCCGCCCCUUGCCCCGCAAUAGCUGACCAAUCGGAAGCAGCCACUCAUAUCAUUCCAAGUCAUGUGACUUGUUCACUACUGAGACAGUCCACUGUAAAUAAAGUUUAAUUAUUUCUUUCUAAUAAAAUAUUUUAUAUGUUUCA